CAAAUCUGCCAUGUUUAUCGUAACAGUCGGACUUCUACUAGUAGCCCUUUUUGUUAUCCACCAAUACGUGUAUGGAUACUGGAAACGCCGUGGAAUUCCAUAUAUUAAGCCACACUUGCUUUAUGGAAAUUUAAAGGCUUUCAUCAGAUGAGUCGUUCACGGUUUCAGCAGCAAAUUUAUAUAACAAAUCGGACAAACCAAUUGUCGGUGUUUAUUUCUUCUUUCGUCCUGGGAUUUUAAUCCGUGAUGCCGAUUUGGCAAAAAAGAUUUUAGUCACCGAUUUCCAAAGUUUCCAUGAUCGUGGCGUACAUUCAAAUGAAAAGCUUAGUCCUUUGUCAGCGAACCUCUUCAGUUUAGAAAUGAAAAGAUGGAAGGAAUUACGGGCGAAUCUUACUCCUACAUUUACAUCAGGGAAGUUAAAAAGGAUGUUUCCAGCAAUCGAAUUGGUUGGAAAAAAAAUGGAAGAACAUUUGGAAAAUUUAAUAGAAACCAACAAUGGUAUUAUCGAUGUAGAGAAAAUGACAACCAAAAUUUACCCUCUCACGAUCCCCAGCUAUUCGAAACGAAACUAAUAUUUACCAUUUUACCACAGAUACACCAACGAUGUCAUUGUUUCUAUCUUUUUUGGAUUGGAAGUGGAUACCUUCAAGGACAACGCCAAUAUAUUUGCCGAAUUCAGAGAAAAAUUUAAUACCAAGGAUUUUAUCCUUAAUUUAACUACUGCAACAUUGUUUUUC